UGCACACACAGAGAUACACACUACACCGUUGUACUACAAUACUAUAAUAUAGUAGAAAGGGGGUGGACGGAAGUAUAUGGUCAGAUUUGGCAUUUUAUUAAAUUCAUGUUUCUCACAGUAUUGUAUGUCUUUGCAAUAGAAUACAACAGGAGGUGGUCAGGAAGAAAUUGACCAAAGCAAGGAGACUGUGCAUAACACACCUUGGAAUAUAUAUACAUACAUACACACAUAUACAUAUACCUACAUAAAGACAUACAUAUAUGCAUAUAUAUAUACAUACAUAUAUAUAUAUGUACACGCACACACAUGCAUAAAUAUAUUUUAUAUUAUAUUAUAUUUUAUUAUAUUAUAUUAUAUUUUAUUAUAUUAUAUUAUAUUAUAUCAUAUCAUGUGAUAUAUUGUGUUAUAUCACGUUACACAUUUGAUAGAGCUGGACUGUUAUAGUGAUACUGAGAAUAUACAGAUAUCACACAGGUAGCAAAGAAAAAUCACCUGUUUGACUUGACUUUCCCAACUCAGAUUUAUCCAUCAACGGGGUGAUUCACUUGAUUGAAUAUAUAAAUCUGUAUCCAUCCAUCCAUCCAUCCAUCCAUCCAUCCAUCCGUUCGUCAAUCCAUCCAUCCAUCCAUCCAUCCAUCUAUCUAUCUAUCUAUCUAUCUAUCUAUCUAUUUCUAUAUACAUAUACAUAUAUAUAUAUAUAUAUAUAUAUAUAUAUAUAUUCCAACACACACACAGACAUACAAAUACACACACACACACACACACAUACACACACAUAUAUUCACACACAUGCACACACACACAUACACAUACACACACAAAUAUAUAUUCACAUAUACAUAUAUCCCCUCCAACAUGCUACAAUGGACCAAACCAAACUUAUGUUAAUUUCAUCCAUUUAGUUUCACACCAUAUUUUUCAACUGAUGAACUAAAUUAUGUCCAGGAUUUACUGCAAGGAAAUUAUUACAAUGAUCUGGUCACUAAUUUCCAUUUACAGUCAAGUAGCUUAAGCAUGUGCAGUUAAGUGUCUUGCUUAAGGGCUGUACACUUAAGGACUCCACACUCCAUGCACUUGACAGGCAUUUAGUGUCGAGUGUAUUUGUGUGUUGCGUGAAUAUAUUUUUAUUUUAGUGUGCAUACAUGUAUUUGCGCCAGGGUGUGUUUGUACAUGUAUGUAUGUUUAAGCAUGUGAAUAUAUUUGUGUGUAUGUACAUGCGUGUUUGUAGGUAUUUUUUGUUUGUUUUUAUUUGCCAAGAAUAACAUAGCCAAUUUUUCAUUGAGAAGAAUUUGGAAUAAUAAUAACGAAGAAUCAUUACAUAAUAUUGUGAAACAUAAUUACUGAAAAAAUGUAAAAAAAUGAUGAAUGGAACCAAAUAUAAAGUCAAUACAAAACAAAAUAUAUAAAAUGAAAGGAAUAUAAAGAAUUGAAAACAAGAAGAAAAUAACCAAAGAAAAAAUAAGAAGUACUUCAAAAGUUGGAAAAUUAUGACAUUUUGGAUUCUUGGUUUUUGUUGUUGUUGUUGCUGUUGCUGCCUUUGUGUUAUAAAAGAGAAUUAGAAAUAUUUUCUUAAUUUCCAAGACAUUUGGGGAAAGUUUUGUUGGACAAAAAAUCAUUACUACAACAUCUACAUCUUCCAUCAGCAGCAUAAAAAAAAAACAAAAACAAAAAAUAUAGAAGCUAAAAAAAGAAGCUAAAACAGAGUAAGAAGGAAAAUAAAUGACAUAACUAAUGAAGAUGGUGUAACUGUCAAAAAUUGGUGGAAUUGGUUAUUUUACAGAACUGGUUGAAUUAACACUACAACUAUAAUUGAACACCAGAACAAGCAGAUUUGCCAGAAGAACUGAGUUGGCAGAACUGUAGAAAUUGGUUAUGGAAUUGAGAUGGAGGAGACACCUUAUGAAUAUCUAACUAUCCAGAACAAUUCCAGGAUCCUUGAGGAACUAAACAGUACCAAAUCUAUAGAACUGCUUCCAACCAUUUUGGCAGUAAUUUUGAUGGCAUCAGUUGGUGCAGUGGGAAACAUACUUGUCUGGUAUAUCUAUGCCAUGAAAUUGGAGAAGACGGCCACUAAUUUCUUCAUUGCAUCUCUCGGACUUGCAGACUUUUUUACAUGCAGCAUUGGUAUACCAAUAGAGACCUUCAUACUGUGCCAUUCACUGGCCUUCUACAGUGAUGUGGCAUGCAAGGUGAUGCGGUACAUUACAGGGGUAACCAUAACGACUGCUGCUGUUAUUGUCCUUCUCAUUGCUGUUGAUCGGUAUUUCAGAGUCUGUCGUCCACGUACCUGGCAGUUUACAAGACGCUCAGCAGUACACACAGUUGGAGUAGUAUUUGCUAUUGUUGUCACUGGCACAAGUCCUGGAGUGUUUAUAUUUGGCUGCCACAAAGUUUCGACAUCUGUGGACCUUGUUGGUUAUGAGUGCUUUAUUUCUGAGGAGUAUAUCUCCACCAUUUUUCCUACAGUCUACUUUGUGUCAAUAUCAGUAAUUUAUUUUGCUGCUGCCAUUACCCUUUCAUCUAUAUACUUCAUGGUUGGCUUGAGAGUCCGACGACACGAGAGGACAUGGCGGUUACGAGAGAGUCGAUCAUCACGGCAUGAUAUCAACCACUCUGCAAUGCUGUCCUGUGACAGAAGAGCACGGAACCUGCUUGGUCCACAGACUGUAAGGCGGUCGAGCAUACAUUUGUUUCGGACGACACUUGUUCUGCUGAUGAUAACCAUCAUAUGGAUCAUUAGUUACUGGCCAAACCUAAUCUUGGUUAACUAUGCCAUCUCUAAACCAGACUUUAAAGCUAACAUGGGUAUGCCAGGUCUCAACAGUUAUAAUAUGGCAGUGAGGAGUUAUUUUAUCAACAAUGCCAUUAAUCCAUUCAUUUAUGGUUUCUUCAACAGGGGAUUUAGAAGUCAAGUCCUGAAAAUCUGGAAAGGUAUCUCUAAGUGCUUUCAUAAACCUCCAGUUCCCUUUUCUGUUGGUUGGCAGUGAAUUGACAAUGAUUUAACAGUGAAUUGGCACUAAAUUGGAAAUUAAUUCCCAGUGAAUUAAUUAUAUGUAGGUGGAAAAUUGUCAGCAGCAAAUUGGUAAAGAAUUCUCAGGGAGUGACAGUCAUCUGGUAGUGAAUUCAGAAUUUUUGGUGGUACAGAUUCUUCAUGAAAUGAUAAGGAAAAGCAGAGAUUUAGCAAUGAAUUCUAAGUAAAAUAGCCGGGAAUUAACCAUUUGGUGGUUGUGCAUUUGAAGCAAGAUGUUUACAGAACUGACAUUGUAGUAAUAGUGCAGAGUGGUGAAAUGUUUUUGGGGUAAAAAAAUAAACUGCUUGAAGUGGAAAA